UUUUCGCUGAAACACAUCGAAACCGCAACACCCACGACCACGAUGAGCGCCCAGCAAGAGGAGAAGGAUGUGGUCAUCUUCACCACGCCAGAAUCGGAGGAGGAGAUGAACAUCGUUGAGGAUAAGGACAAGGCGCCCUUGCGCCCUGACCUGGGGGAAGCAGUUGGCCCUUCCGGCGAGAUUGACUGGGACUGCCCAUGCCUGCAAGGCAUGGCUGAUGGCCCGUGUGGCGAGACCUUCAAGGCUGCCUUCUCUUGCUUCGUCUACAGCCAAGCCGAAGAGAAAGGGAGCGACUGCAUUCAGCAGUUUGAGGCCAUGCACGAGUGCUUUAACCAACACGCAGACUACUACGCAGGCGAUGAGGGCGAGCAGCAGAGCAAGACAGACGCUACGGAGGCAACCGACACCACCGCAUCUACACAGACGACAACAGAGGCAGAGGCGCACGACUCUCCCGCUGCUGCACAGGAUGACAGCACUUCGACGACAGACCAGGCCACGGAGGAGCAGAAGUCUGCGUAACCUCCUCGCUGCCCGCGUGAUUGUGUGUGUGUGUGAUAUGUGUGUGACAAAUGUGUGUAUGUGAUAUGUGUGUUUGUGCGUGCGUGUGAUUGUGUCCUGCCUGUCAGUUUGUUUGUGUCUGUUUGUCUGCCUGCUUGUCUGUGUGUAACUGUGUGAUUGCUUGGACCACGUGCAUAUCUGCGUGAUUAAAACCAUAGGCUCUUGUUCCUUCAAUGCAGCCAGAUCACUGUGGAG